CACAUAGAACUGCUCUCCUCUCUGUCGGAUGUUCAGUCUCUAGACCGACCCUGCCUAAAUGAAUGUUUACAAUUACACACUCUUGCUCUCUCUCCCUCUCGCUUUUUGGCUCUCUUUCCUGCUCUCUCUCUCUCGCUCUAAAACCAGGAAGCCGUGCAGGGUAGAGUUCCGUCACACUCGGUCUCUUUUUUCUUUCUGUCUGUCUCUCGCCUCGCGUUCUAGUCUCGUCUCUUGACCAGGCAGCCUUUUCCCURUCUAGUUCCCCUGUAGUUUCCCUUUUCUCUCUCUUCCCUUUUGAAGAGGGAAGUUGGCGGUGGAUUUCAGCAGGGAGAGAUAAAGCAGUGCUCUAGGGGGGAGACUUUCAGAGAGAGCGGUAGGAAGGGAGGCAGCAAGAGAAGGAGGGUGAUGGCGAGCGAAGAGGCGGUGGGGGAGAGCCCGGGGGAGCGGUCGGAAGACAGAGGUCACCCUGACACAGCGAGUGACCCAGGUGGGCUGUCCGUCUUAGAGCAGCUGGGUCUGGACCAGAGCUCGGACUUCUCAGACGCCACGGUGCAGCAGCGUCUUGAUGAGCAGAGGGAGAAGAUCCGCAGGGAGAUCAGGAAGGAGCUGAAGAUCAAGGAGGGGGCUGACAACCUCCGCAGGGCCACCACCGAUAAGAGGAAUGCCUCCCAGGUGGAUUCCCAGCUACGCAGCUCCAACCGUAAGCUGGAAGACCUGCAUGCUCACUUACAGGAGCUGGACGCUCACAUCAUGGUCAAAGGAGGAGACGACAAUAAGGAUGACCCACCCCAGUCCCCGGGGGCGGAGAGCCGCUCGUCAGCAAGCCAGGACCGCAUUGCCGCCCUGGAGAGACAGCUCAACAUCGAGCUCAAGGUCAAACAGGGAGCCGAGAACAUGAUUCCAAUCUACGCCAACGGAUCCACCAAGGACAAGAAGAUGCUGCAGACGGCCCAGCAGAUGCUGCAGGACAGCAAGACCAAGAUCGACAUCAUCCGCAUGCAGAUCCGCAAGAACGUGCAGGCCACUGAGCACACCGAGGACACACAGGGUAACCAGGACAUGUGUGGUGUGGAGCUGCGUAUUGAGGAGCUGAGGCACCACUACAGGGUAGAACACGCUGUGGCAGAGGGUGCUAAGAAUGUCCUCCGACUACUGGGGGCCGGCAAGGUCCAGGAUAAGAAGGCCCUGUCAGAGGCCCAGUGUCGUCUGAGCGAGGCGUCCCAGCGGUUGGACCUCCUGAGGGACUCUCUGGAUCAGCGUCUAGCCGACCUGCCGGAGGACCACCCCAAGGCCUGCCUCAUCAAGGAGGAACUAGUCCUGGCCUCCUCCCCGGCCUUCAGCUCCCGCCACAGUGCCCCCUACCUUCACAACCAGUACAGCACCCUCAGCAAGCCCUCCCCGCUCACUGGUACUCUCCAGGUGCAGCUGCUGGGCUGUGUYGGGGUGUUGGAGGUGGUCCCGGGGCGCAGUAAGGGCACGGCGGUCAUGUUGCCCUGCUACAGCCCCGGGGAGGGACGCUCCUUCAUGAACCGCAGCAGCAAGAGCAACCUGUACGCACGCAGCGGGAGCGUCAGCGGCAAGACUCCCAGCAAGACCGACGAACUCUCCUCGGAGGUGAGUGCGGUGCUGAAGAUGGAUAACUCAGUGGUGGGUCAGACAGCCUGGAAGAGUGUCGGGGAGCAGGCCUGGGAUCAGACCUUCACUGUGGAGCUGGAGAGGUCCGGAGAUGGCAGGAUAGCGGUGGGGUUACUAGGGAGGGAACUCUAUCCGUCCUGCUGUGCGCUCCUCAAGUACCUGAAGCUGGAGGACUUCCUGGACAACCAGAACAGAGUUCAGCUGGAGCUGGAGCUCCAGGGUCUGCUUCUGGCCGAGGUAGUAUUCUUCAACCCGGUGAUUGAGAGAGCCCCACGCCUUGCAGAGAACAGAACGAAAGUCUUCCUCCACAGCACGGUGGAGAGGGGCACGGCUUUCCUGAGAGCUGUCGUCCAAUGAAACGUUGAAUCGGGAACCUGGGUCCGACUCCUUGAGGAAACGCAAUCCCCACUUUCACAAACCACAGGAACCUACAGCCCCAAUGCAACAACCUCAACUCUGGGUCGGCUAGACGCUGAUCCAGAGAGUCCUCAGGAGUCUACGUGGGACGCCUGCUCAGACGACACUGAGGCUGGAGGAGAUAAGAGGGGGGGAAGUGGGGACCACCCCAAGGCCUGCCUCAUCAAGGAGGAACUAGUCCUGGCCUCCUCCCCGGCCUUCAGCUCCCGCCACAGUGCCCCCUACCUUCACAACCAGUACAGCACCCUCAGCAAGCCCUCCCCGCUCACUGGUACUCUCCAGGUGCAGCUGCUGGGCUGUGUYGGGGUGUUGGAGGUGGUCCCGGGGCGCAGUAAGGGCACGGCGGUCAUGUUGCCCUGCUACAGCCCCGGGGAGGGACGCUCCUUCAUGAACCGCAGCAGCAAGAGCAACCUGUACGCACGCAGCGGGAGCGUCAGCGGCAAGACUCCCAGCAAGACCGACGAACUCUCCUCGGAGGUGAGUGCGGUGCUGAAGAUGGAUAACUCAGUGGUGGGUCAGACAGCCUGGAAGAGUGUCGGGGAGCAGGCCUGGGAUCAGACCUUCACUGUGGAGCUGGAGAGGUCCAGGGAGAUGGAGAUAGCGGUGUACUGGAGGGACUACCGCUCGCUGUGCGCUCUCAAGUACCUGAAGCUGGAGGACUUCCUGGACAACCAGAAACACAGAGUUCAGCUGGAGCUGGAGCCUCAGGGUCUGCUUCUGGCCGAGGUGAUAUUCUUCAACCCGGUGAUUGAGAGAGCCCCACGCCUUCAGAGACAGAAGAAYGUCUUCUCCAAACAGCACGGCAAGGCUUUCCUGAGAGCUCGUCAGAUGAACGUUGACAUCGGGACCUGGGUCCGACUCUUGAGGAACGCAAUCCCCACUGUCAACAACACAGGAACCUACAGCCCCAAUGCACACAACCUCAACUCUGGGGAGAUCUCUGUGGAGAAACUAAGUCUGGACAGUGACUCUCCAGUCAGGCAUGAUUACAGGAGAGACUCUGAUAAUAACACCCCGGAGCGGUUGCCAGUGAUUGAGCCCUUCUCUCCCCCAGACCUCACCCCUGAUCGCCCUGCCCAAACCCCCCCUCUGAGCAGUAAAGAUAAGAAACCCCUGUGCCUCCAGGACUUCAGGCUGAUCGCUGUGCUGGGCCGGGGACACUUUGGAAAGGUGCUGCUGUCAGAGUAUAAGAAGACAGGAAGUAUAUACGCCAUCAAGGCCCUGAAGAAAGGAGAUAUUGUUUGGCACGGGACGAGGUGGAGAGACCCCGGAACCGUGUGCUUCGUCAUGGAGUACACGGCUGGCGGUGUCUUACAUGUUUCUGUCUCUGUUGACAGGUUCUAUUCAGCCUGUGUGGUUCUGGGGCUGCAGUUUCUCCAUGACCACAAGAUUGUGUACCGAGACCUUAAACUAGACAACUUACUGCUGGAUACAGACGGAUAUGUAAAGAUUGCCGACUUUGGACUCUGUAAAGAAGGGAUGGGCUAUGGGGACAGGACCAGUACGUUCUGCGGUACUCCAGAGUUCCUGGCCCCUGAGGUCCUGACCGACACCUCUUACACCAGAGCAGUGGACUGGUGGGGCCUGGGGGUCCUCAUCUAUGAGAUGCUGGUGGGAGAGUCGCCCUUCCCUGGUGACGAUGAGGAGGAGGUGUUUGACAGCAUCGUGAAUGACGAGGUCCGCUACCCACGAUUCCUCUCUACAGAGGCCAUCGCCAUCAUGAGGAGGCUGUUGAGGAGGAACCCAGAGAGAAGACUAGGCUCUGGUGAGAAAGAUGCUGAUGAGAUAAAGAAACAGCCUUUCUUCCGGGGUCUGGAUUGGGAGGCCCUGCUACAGAGGAAGCUGCCCCCUCCCUUCGUCCCCUCCAUCAAGGGCCGAGAGGACGUCAGCAACUUUGACGAGGAGUUCACCGCCGAGCCUCCCGCCCUGACGCCGCCGCGCGAGCCCCGCACGCUCUCUCGCAAGGACCAGGACAGCUUCUGCGACUUCGACUACGUCUCCGACCUCUGCUAGGGGUCGAGAGGUUGUGACCUCUAUCACAUCAUCAUCAUAUGAGGGUCAUGGGGUCACGGCAGUCUGCAAGGGUGGUCUGCUGCAUCCACCACACUGUGAAUGUGAUAUGAGAAACGGAGAAGGGUCAGUCUGUAGUGUAGUCUACGUCUGUGUGGGAGGUAUGAACUAGAGGAGAUUAAUGCAGACCCAGGCCAAGACUCUGUGACUGUGUUUUUUUUUUUUUACACUGCAGCAGCAUCUCACAGAACUGUGAGAAGGGGCCCGUCAAGAAGACUGGUGGUUGAUGAGAAAUGAAGUUCUGUUACAAUGAGACGUGGCUAUGUUUUCCAAAGGAAAAGAAGAAAAGAAACUGUGACGCCCGCUAAGCUUGUGCCACCUCCUCCCUAUCUAGAACACUCCAAUGGCUGUGUCCUUACAAGAACUUGUCAUAACAUGUGUAACUUCUAUUACACAGUCAACCCCUUUUACCUUUGCCUUCCAGUUCCAUCCUCCUUUGUGCCAGUGUUGUUGUCUGCUCUGAGUCUGCUCUGACGUCUGAGGAUCUCCAUGUAACGUUUUGGGUUGGGAURCAUUCCAUUUCAAUUCAGUCAAUUCAGGAAGUCAAUUGGAAUUUCAGUUUAUUUCCUGAAUUGAAAUGGAAUGGACCCCAACCCUGGUUCCUUCAUACUGUGACAAAACACAAAUAAUAUUUGGGAGAGGGUGGGGUGGGGUGGGUGCAUGGCUUGAAAUGAUGCCUUACAUUUCUACUGGGAUCUAUAGAAAUGCAUUUCAUUUUGUUAUUUUGUGGUCCUUAGUAACCAACUGUGGUCCUUGGUAACUAACUGUGGUCCUUGGUAUACAAUGAGGGUGAUAAUGUUUUACAUUAAUGCUAAGAGGAGAAAAGGAAGUACCUCCAUCUGCCUAUCAAAAUGAUUGCUUGGAGGAAGUUGAAUUAACAGUGUGUAGAAUCAUCUAUAUAUAUGUACUCUACAUUGUUACAAUGUUGUGAACAAUCACCCAUCAAGUUACCCAAUGCUAGUCUUGUGUCAACAGAAGGGUAAAGAACCACUGCUUGGAGGAACGGUCAAUUCUGAUCCAACCAGAUCACUAGUGCAUUCACAAUGGGCAAUUGUUGCCUUUUUAACAUUCUUUAAAAUGUUCUGAUUUGAGUUAUUAUGGGGGGGGGAAAUCAACGGCGACAGUGCUUUUGGUUCUGUUUUUGGUUGAUAAUGAAGUCGUUGAGAAAAGCAACAGGGAGCAUUAUUGAAUUUAUCCUGUUGCCUUUUAAUUGGUCCAAUCUGUGAAUUUUAUAUAAGGGUGUGUCAUGUGGCAGUCUACACCUGUGCCAUUGUCAUAUCUGAACACACAAAAGAAAGGCUGAAGGAUGUCUCGUUCCAAACAUGUAAAUAUUCACACAAACGUACACACACUGAGAGACUUUAAUGCUCAAGACACUCAAAUUCAAUCAGUGGCAUGAAGCGGAAACACAUCCAAGCAAUGAAUCAUGCUCAGGCUUCUCCAGGUUGAAGUGACCAUUAAGAACGGAUCUAGGAUCAGUUUAUUCCAACCUCAUCCAUUAGGAAAAGAAAACUGACCUUAGAUCAGAAUUUAGAGGCAGCUUCAUCCUCCAACUACAGUACAUGCUCAUCUGCAGAAGUCAAUAGAAAACAAACUUUACCUCCCUUGUCUCUGUGUAUGGGGGUGUGUUUUGAAUCAUGUUUGUCUGGUUGCAGACUCUACUUAUCUUGUGUACGACUAUACAAAAGGAAGUGAAAGUAUGAGAUUAGUUAUUUAUAAAGAACAUCUGUUGGGAAAACUUGUGUA